UUACACGUUAAAAGCAGGCUGAAUGUUUUAUCCAUUGCAUUCUCACACAGUAUUGCACAAAAUUUUUGAAUUUUAGGAAUGUCUCUCACAUUGUGGGUUGGUCUGGUAAAGACUUUUCAGUAUUAUACUUGCAGUCCUUCUACAAUUUAUGCAGUUUUUCAUUCCUAGGAUUCCAUUGUUAAGACAAUUACAGUAAUUUGGAGUGCUAUCUGAAGUUCAUACUAUGUAUUUGAACUUCCAAAAUUACUGCGUUAUUGGUUACGUACCACACUGACCCUGUAGCAAGUGGAGGGAAUUGCACCAAAAACAUUUUCCUGGGUCUGUUCAUGUUGGCGCACGCACACAUAUUCUGACGUCAAACGUAUCCCACCCCCAUACGAAGCUAUCCACCUUGCGUACGGAAAUAUGGCGGCGGAGACGACGGCUGUUUGAGUAGCUACCCUUUAAUUGCUCAUAAAUUAAUGAACAAGCAAUGCAAAGUAGUAGGAAAACAAGAAAGUACAACGCAACGUGUGACCAUUUCACAUGUCGAAGGGGGGUUGAAAAAAAGUGCCUGACAACACCGUGCCAAACUUCAGAACGACAGGGUCAGUGCUUUGGUUAGUGCCCCGGGUCCGGGCUGUGGAGCCCGGGAUAGAAGGACGGGAAGGCUGGACACGGAAGUUGGAGAAAUACUCGGGAACUCCGGGCUUGGUGUUUGCUGAGCCCAAGCAUGUUUCAGGUCGUCACUUAGGAAUCAGACAAGGUGAUAAUUACUCGGUCAGUGGAGUUUUGUGGUAACUUUGAGGUAUUUAAAGAACUUCUAGCCAAAUAGCACGAGUGAGCAGUUGCCUGUGUGUACCCAAAAUCUAGCGCUGCCGACUAGCUAGCGAUAGCAUAAUCGAUAGCUCAAGCAUUCCAAUAAGCAAAAGCAUUGUAUCGAAUUCGACCACUGCGCUUAGUCAAAGAUUGCUUUGAAAACCUAAUGCAAUCGCCUGAUGACUUUUGCAAGUCUUUGAUGCUUUGUGUAGUGAAAGUUAUCUGUUGGUGUAAUGUUUGUACUUGGGGACCGAGUUGAUGGUAACCUAGCUUCUAUGCCAGGCAAGCCAACAAUGCUAACUUAUCACAAAUUAGCAAACUAGCUCGUGCCUCUUUAUUACUUGAACGGGAUCUACGAUGUUACUAAGUCUUUUUCAGUAUGCAAAUUAGUCACACUCAGACUGUGUCGGACCCUCUAUGCACAUUUUAGACAGUGAAAGUCUAAUGUUUUUCCUGCUAAAGUGACAUGUUCUGUAAAAGCCAAAUAUUUAGUUAGUUGUGGUGUCACAAUUUGAGGAACACACAGCUAUGUAAUACUGUUGCAAUAACUUCUUCAAAGUUAGUUCUGUCUCUGACACCUGAAGAGGAAGUAAUCUACGUUGAGGACCACUACAUUUCUCCAUAUGCCUCAUCUUAUUGAAUGACAUGCUGUCAAAGGGCACAUAUCACAUCCUGGAGAGUGAGCACUAUAACAGCAUGUUGUAAGGGAACUGCCUCAGAAUAUAUUACACUAAUAUACAACAGUUGUUAGUGUACAUGACUGUACCAGGUUGUCUACGAAAGUCAAGAUAAAGAAAAUCUGGAAAAUUGAAUUUGGCCAUAAAGUUAUUUGUGACCACCCAGGAAUCCACCAGUCUUUUUAGUUGUGGUUCCUGGUUACCAUGGCUGAGCAGACUUGUUAAUUAGUAAUAAUGUAUUUCUAUCACUAACAUCCUCAGUGAAGGACCUUUUUGCUCUGUCAUGAACACUAAACGGGUAGUAUCUUGUAAAACAAAUGCCUUAUUGAAACACAGUGGUAUCCACUAUUAAGGAAAGAUGGGUUUACUCUUUUAAUAAUGUAUAAGUUUAAAAGUUCUUGUAGCUAUUGGAUGUUGAUCCUGUAGGCCCUUAUCCUGCAAUACACAAGUGCAUGGACCAGGUGUCCCAUUAAGCCUGUCACUGGACAGUGUCAUCAACAUUCACAACAGUCAGUCUACAUAUAAAUUUAAGAAUGGACCACUCUUGAGAGGCCAAUGCAUGGGGCAGGGGAUAGGCUGUCACAGUGCUUUUGCUGCCGACUAAACAGCCAUCGCCGCCGCCACCGUCUACAACAGCAUCGAGAAACUCUUCACCAUCCCUGGCGGUGGAAUGCGAGUCUAGUCCACCUCAUCUUCAAGUCCGCCUCCCUCCUUGGUCGCCACCAGUGCCCAGACUGAAGCACCCAAGGCUGACCAAGCCACGGAGGGGCUUCCUUCCCUCUCUUUCCUGGGGGGGUCUGCCGCUUCCCCUUCCCCUGCUGCCUGCCCCGACUGCAGGCCUGGCUCCCGGCCCUUAUGGGGCAGCAGCCAGGGAAGUUAGUCGGGGACCAGAGGAGGACCAGUCUGCCGACGCUGCCCUUCAUCAAGGGUGGGAAGAAGGAUGGAGGUUCGUCGCGGCAUGGGGCACACAACUGUAACAUCUUUGUGGUACACGAAGCUCUCCAGAGACCUGACUUCGAGCCCCAGGGUUUGUCAGAAGCGGCCCGUUGGAACUCCAAGGAGAACCUGCUUGCGGGACCCAGCGAAAAUGACCCCAACUUGUUUGUGGCACUGUACGACUUUGUGGCGAGCGGGGACAACACUCUUAGCAUAACUAAAGGAGAGAAGCUCCGUGUCCUGGGCUACAACCACAAUGGCGAGUGGUGCGAGGCCCAGACCAAGAAUGGCCAGGGCUGGGUGCCUAGCAACUAUAUCACGCCCGUCAACAGCCUGGAGAAGCACAGCUGGUACCACGGGCCAGUGUCGCGCAACGCCGCCGAGUACCUGCUCAGCAGCGGCAUCAACGGCAGCUUCCUGGUGCGUGAGAGCGAGAGCAGCCCGGGCCAGAGGUCCAUCUCGCUGCGCUACGAGGGACGAGUCUACCACUAUCGCAUCAACACGGCCUCCGACGGCAAGCUCUACGUGUCGUCAGACAGCCGCUUCAACACGUUGGCGGAGCUGGUGCACCACCACUCCACGGUGGCCGACGGCCUCAUCACCACGCUACACUACCCGGCGCCCAAGCGCAACAAGCCCACCGUCUACGGCGUGUCGCCCAACUAUGACAAGUGGGAGAUGGAGCGCACUGACAUCACCAUGAGGCACAAGCUGGGCGGGGGCCAGUACGGCGAGGUCUACGAGGGCGUGUGGAAGAAGUACAACCUCACCGUGGCCGUCAAGACCCUGAAGGAGGACACUAUGGAGGUGGAGGAGUUCCUCAAGGAGGCAGCCGUCAUGAAAGAGAUCAAACACCCAAACCUUGUGCAGCUUCUCGGUGUGUGCACGCGAGAGCCGCCCUUCUACAUCAUCACUGAGUUCAUGACUCACGGCAACCUGCUAGACUACCUGCGCGAGUGCAACCGGGAGGAGGUGAACGCUGUGGUGCUGCUCUACAUGGCCACACAGAUCUCCUCCGCCAUGGAGUACCUAGAGAAGAAGAACUUCAUCCACAGGGACCUGGCUGCCCGUAACUGCUUGGUUGGGGAGAACCACUUGGUGAAGGUGGCCGACUUUGGGUUGAGUCGGCUGAUGACGGGAGACACCUACACGGCCCAUGCCGGUGCCAAGUUCCCCAUCAAGUGGACCGCCCCAGAGAGCCUGGCCUACAAUAAGUUCUCCAUCAAAUCAGAUGUGUGGGCGUUUGGGGUUCUGUUGUGGGAGAUUGCCACCUAUGGGAUGUCUCCUUACCCAGGGAUUGACCUCUCUCAGGUGUACGAGCUGCUGGAGAAGGACUACCGCAUGGACCGGCCGGAGGGCUGCCCUGAGAAAGUCUACGAGCUCAUGAGAGCCUGCUGGAGGUGGAAUCCUCAGGAGAGGCCGUCCUUCGCUGAGACCCACCAGGCAUUUGAGACAAUGUUCCAGGAGUCCAGCAUCUCAGACGAGGUGGAGAAGGAGCUGGGCAAGAAGGGGAAGAAGAUGACUCUAGGUCCCAUCCAGCAGGCCCCAGAGCUGCCCACUAAGACCAGGACCCUGCGCAGGAACGGCAAAGACGGAGACAGCCCAGAAGCUGCAGAGCACGAGGUGGCCGUGUCCCCCAUGCUACCCAGGAAAGAGCGCCCCCUGCAGGAUGGAAACCUGAAUGAGGACGACCGGAAAUCACGCCCUAGCAUCUUCACCAGCCUCAUCAAGAAGAAGAAGAAGACGGCACCGGCCCCGCCCAAGCGCAGCAGCUCCUUUAACAACGGCCAGUCGCCCUUUAGCGACCACGGCCACGACUCCGGCAAGUUCUUUGGCUCCUCCAACAACAACGGCGCAAGCGGUGGCAUGACCAACGGGGCCCCCACCUAUCCUGGCCCUCUCUUCCCCCAUCACACGCGCAAGAAGGCGGCCAUUCUCCCUGGCGCUGGAGGCAGAAUGGCCGGGACUCCUCCAGGUGAAGACGACGCUGUUUCUAACUCCAUACACUUUCUUCGCUCUUCGUCGGCCUCCGCGUCGAGCCACGGUCACGACCGCACCGAGUGGAAGUCGGUGACGCUCCCUCGUGACCUGCAGUCGCGCAACUUUGAUUCGGGCACCUUCGGGGGCAAGCCCGCCCUGCCCCACAAGCGGGCUAAAGAGCAGAAGUCGGGCGACGCCUCUGUCACCAUGCGCAUGGGCGCACUUACCCCUCCCCCGCGCCUUCCCAAGAAGACCGAGGAGCCCGGCGGUGGCGGAGCCGCCGAUGACGUGUUCAAAGACGCCGCGGAGACCAGCCCGGGCACCAGCCCGCAAACGCUCACUCCCAAGCUGAGCCGGCGGCCACACACCCAGAGCCAGUCAGACAAGACCAGCGCCCUGCAGGCCGAGCUGCUCAAGCCCAACGUCUUCUCCCCGUUGGGGGCGGCCGGUGACGAGUGCCGCGCCCGGCGCAACAAACACGCGCUAGACCUUCCCGUACAGAGGGAGCGUGUGAAGUUCCAGAAGCCCAAGCCAGCGCCUCCGCCUCCCCCACCCUCCAGCGCCAAGUCUGGCAAGCUGUCGCGGAGCCCCACUCACGAGCACCAUUCCUCCUCCCCCUCUUCGUCGGACCCAAGAGGAAAAGCGUCCUCCGAGGCCAGCCCAGCCAGCUCCCCCUCUGGGUCCUCCUCCACUGAGCUCGGCAAGAGCUUCCUGCCGCCCGAGGGCACCGCUAAGAAACUCCCUGGGCUAUCCAGCACCUCCUCGAAAGUGCAGGCGUCAAAGACCUCUUCCACCUCCUCCUCGUCCUCCUCCUCCAUGUCCCCAACAGGCGCGCCGCUGGGGUUAAGUGGGAUGUCCUUAGCCACCGAGCAGCACCAGUCGUCAACAUUCCCCCCGUCGUCCUCCACAGCCUUCAUGCGGCGCUCGCUGCGCAAAACUCGCCAGCCUGCCGAGCGCCUCUCCAGCUCGGCCAUCACGCGCGACAUGCUGCUGGAGAGCACGGAACUGCUGCGCACCGCCAUCGGCCGCAACUCCGAGCAGACGGGCAGCCACACCGCCGUGCUGGAGGCCGGCAAAAACCUGUCCAAGUACUGCGCCAGCUACGUGGAAUCCAUCCAGCAGAUGCGCAACAAGUUCGCCUUCCGGGAAGCCAUCAACAAACUGGAGAGCAGCCUGCGCGAGCUCCAGAUCUGCCCGACCGCCAGCAACGCCGCCAACGCCGGGCAGCUGCCGGACUUCAGCAAGCUGCUGUCCUCCGUCAAGGAGAUUAGCGAUAUCGUGCGGAGGUAGCGUAGUAGGCCGUGUGUGUGUGUGUGUGUGUGUGUGUGUGUGUGUGUGUGUGUGUGUGUGUGUGUG